AUGGCCCGUCCAUCGCACAUUCAAAUGGAAAAGUUGGUACAAUUUCUAGAAGAAAAUCCAGAAAUUGCUAAAGGGCAUUUACGUUCUUGGCGGGAAGAAGUCGCGAUGGUACUCAAUUCCCUGGGUGGCGUAACAAAAAACGCCAAGUCGUGGGCUAAAGUAAGUGAUCAAGAUUUGAGGGUCCCAUUAAAUAUUCCUGUAAUACCAGAUGACCAAUUACCAAACCCUAAUGAUGAAAGUCAGGUGGUAAUUGUAAUUAAGGAAGAACUCGCAUCAUCCUCACAAGCUAAACCACCGCUAACUCGUGAAGCAUCACUUCCUUCCAGUUGGAGUCCCGAUGUCGUCCCCGACAUCCAAUCAAGCGCUCAGGGCAGUAAUGAUUGCGAAUUCUCGGAGAGGCUUAAUGUAUCGUCGCCCGCACAAGCUGACCCGGGGGAAAAGGAGAAUGAGGAAAUCGCUAGCCCGGCCCUGGAUUUGAACCUCGCGACAUCUCCUGUGGUGCCCGUCCCGCGCAGGCGCGAGCUGACACCGAUCCGCUCCGACUCGCCCGGCGAAUGUGACGAUGAUAGUGAUGAACUUAACCAACCAAACUCAUUCCUAAGCCUUAAAAGAUUUUUU